UAAGCAAAUGAGGCUACCUAAUAACUCAACCAAGCUUCCGAGUUUCGACAGGCAUCACUCUUGCAUUGUACGGAGUAUGUACAGUACACCGGGGAAUGGCUACGGCCAUGUCGCUCGCCAUUAAGAUAUUGUUAUUUUCAGCUGCAAACUAUGUUGUGGGCUGGCAGCACCAGCUCAGGGGCAUUUCCUGCAUAGGAGCAUCUGUGACUGGACGGGCAGGCAUUGCCAACACAGUGGCCUGCUUUACGCUAUCCGCACUCCCACGGCGUUUGCCGCACCAUUCCCGUCCCACCACCACGGGUCGGUCAAGCCUUCCGCGAUCCAAUCAGACAGCUGUGCCUGACGCUUGGCCGUUUAUGGUCUGGCGCGGUCAGAAAUCCGAUCUCCACUCGCCAAGAGCAACCCCCUUCAAAUUUCCCGUCGCGCUUCUGUCCAGGGAAAACGAAUGUCAAAGGACAAACCUCGGCUGGCAAGGCAAAGGAAACUCGAUGACGUUAUUGACACUGACAAACUGGACAUUGUAGGGUAGAUUGGAAGACCGAAGGACUCGAGUCGCGAUUUCAGGGGGGUCUGCCUGCUCCUCUUUGUUUCUUUUCGCGUUCAAUUCAGCGCGGAAUGUCUGCAGAUGGGCUGUUAGGUAAGUUAAGAGGGGUUACAUAUGACAGUCAACGCAAAGCAGGUGCUGCUAGCAAACAGUCACUGCAGCCCGGCCUUCCGCAGCAUUUCAUUCAU